AUGGAGAGCAUCGACAAGAACUGUGCAGCACUGUUGUGCAGCAAGCGUUAUGUAAUUCAUGUGCUGCACUUUGAGGGCAACCAACUAAGGGCCAUGCGAAAGCUUCUCCAUGCCAUCGCUGUCGAGUCCAUAAAAUUUGAGCGCCUGGAUGACUCAUCCGUUUCUGGAUUUGAGAGGACGCCCUCCACGUGGUCCAAGCUUUAUGAGGAGGGCGUAAAGAAUAUGACAGAAAUGCCAGUGGGUUUCGUAGAGGAAAACCUGCGAGGCAUGCCAACCCGCGCCUACGGCUGGCCUGGCGCCAUCAUCCUGGACAUUGACAACGAUGGCGACUUGGACAUCUUUGUGCCGUCUGGACCAGGGCAGCAGCACAGCCUGUUCUUGAACCGGCUCAUCGAGGAUGGGGAGUUGAGCUUCUCGACUUCCUGCCGGGGGGGGGCUUGCGCUGGAAGGUGGGGUUUGGGGUUCGCCAACAUGGAUGGCAAUGGGGUGUGCGCUGGGGACAUCGACAAUGAUGGUGACCAGGACAUCGUCAUCCUCAACUUCGGCGCCCCCUGGCAGCUGCUGCGCAAUGACGGCCGCCAGUUCACAGAAAUCACCAUAACCCAGGAAAACGUCACCAGUGGGGCGGCCCCUUCAUCUUGCACCUUUGGGGAUGUGGACGGGGAUGGUCUUGUGGACCUGUUCAUCACCGCGGUGCCGGACUUCCCCAAUUUGUCCAAGGCGCUCACAACCUCCACGUCGGAAUUCAACAAACGCAGCAAGCUGUUCAUGAACAAGGGCCCUGACGCGGACGAGCACUUCGCGGACGAAACGGAGACCCGCGGCUUCGGCGGCAUUGACCCCAACAUCACCUGGUCGGCGGCGUUCGUCGACUUCGACUUCGACGGCGACGUCGACCUGUUCCUCUUCGACAACGGCGGCCUUUCCAGCCCGGAGCUGGGGGAGCGUGGCUUCGUCCACGUCUGGAUCAACGACGGCAAGGGCCAGUUCGAGAUCGUACACCCCGACCAGACGAACCUCAACGCGGGGAGCAACAGGGGCCACGCCUUCGGCGACUUCAACUGCGACGGGCACCUGGACUUCUUCUCCACGCGGCAGGGCUCCUUCGAGGGCGUCAUCUUUGACCUGCUCCGGGCCGGCGUUUUUGGUCGCCCACCCCUGAAGGGCGGCGUGGCCACGGUGGCCAGGAACGCGACCGCCUUGUGGUUCUUUGGGGAAGGUGACGGCAAGUUCCGGGAGGUGCCCGCUCCCGAGGACCCCGACGGGAACAUCCUCUACUUGCCGAUGGGAUGGGGCAUCGCAGGAUUCGACAUGGAAAACGACGGCGACCAGGACCUUGUGUUCGCCGGCGGCGCAGUCUCGUUCCCUGUUCAGCUGGGCGGCGCUGGGGCUGUGCUGGAGAACGUGGACUGCAGCGGGACUUUCAGACGAUCAGAGGCGCUGCCGGAAGGUGCCUACAGCAGCGUCAUGACCAGCGGGCUGUCUGCCGGCGACUUGAACAAUGACGGAUUCAUGGACUUCGUGGUGGUCGCAGAUACCUCCGUUCCUGAAAACGCGGACGGCACUUCCCCCUUGAUGUCCUUUAGCUCAUUCCUAAAUGACACCAACGUUGAGGAACUGUCCAAGAGCCCUUUCUUCGAGGACGCCAAAGCCUAUCCCACGUUUUACAACCUUGAAACUGUGGAGGUGGAGUGGAGUGGCGCGGUGGACGCUGAGGGGGACCCAAUACCAAACGGCGGCGGGCGGGUGUUCAUUGAAGUGAAUGACGCGGACUCGAGCAACAAUUGGGUCAAGGUCAAGCCGCGAGGCUCUGUUGGGGAUUUGGAGGACGGCCGGGUGAACAGGGACGGCACGGGGGCGAUGCUUUUCUUCACUCCGGAGGGCGGCAACACAGUGAUGGUGCCCCACGCGACGGGCCACAUCCACGGGGCGCACGAUAAGGCCCACAUCUUCGGCCUCGGUGAAGCCACUGAAGGCCAGCUCACGGUGCUGUGGCCGGGCAACGUGUACAACACGCUGAAGGUGGUUGCGAACGAGGUGGUCGUGCUGGCGGAGAUUCCUUGCGACUGCAGAACCGCAGAGGAAGGCGACGGCGACUACGAGACCUGCCUGCUGACCGGCGUGGACAAUUUGAAGCGCCGCGGCGUCAUCGAUGACGUCAUGCGCGAGCGCAUGUUCGAUUCCAUGAUCGAGGGAUGCCCAUGA